AUGGCCUCUUCCGUUCGAGCAUUGACGUCCAAGGGACGAUUGACUCCUCUCUGCCGAGUGCGAGCUUCAACACCUGCGAUCUCUCUUCAGAAGCGUGGCAACGCUACAACUGUUCCUUUCAGACUCCCCGCUGCUCGUAAUGAGCCCAACCCCACAUACACAAAGAACUCUCCAGAGAGAGCAAAGGUGGAAGCCGCUCUAAAGAAGCUCCGCUCUGAACUCCCCCUCAAGAGCGAGAUCAUCUUCAACGGCGUCUCUCAAAAGAUCCACGCCAACGAGGACCAAGUCCUCCCCGCAGAACAUGCCACCACCUUCACAAACUACCCACUCGCCAGCAAAGAGCAGGUCAGCGCUGCUAUCGAGUCCGCCCUCAAGGCGAAGAAGGACUGGCAGAACACACCGUUCGUUGAUCGAGCGGCCAUCUUCCAGCGCGCCGCCGAGUUGGCGACAACAAAGUACCGAUAUGAGUUGAUUGCUUCUACCAUGCUUGGACAGGGCAAGAACGUUUGGCAGGGUGAGAUCGACGCUGCUGCUGAAUUGGCCGAUUUCUUCAGACUGGCGGGUCACUACGCCGCCGAGAUCAUGAGCAAGCAGCCUGAGCGUGGUACAGACGGUAUCUGGACGCGCAUCGACUACCGACCUCUCGAGGGAUUUAUCUACGCCGUUUCACCUUUCAACUUCUCCGCCAUCGGCGGUAAUCUGAUCGCGCCCGCUAUUCUCGGAAACGUUGUCCUCUGGAAGCCUUCUCAGUACAACAUCCACCCCAGCACCAUCAUCUACAAGAUCCUCCAGGAAGCCGGUCUUCCCAAGGAUGUCAUCCAAUUCGUCCCCGGUGACGCCGCCGAGAUCACCGAGACUGUCCUCCAGCACCGCGAAUUCGCUGGUCUCAACUUCGUCGGUUCCUCCGAUGUCUUUCGCUCCAUCUACGGCAAGAUCGGUCAGGGCAUUGCUGAGAAGCGAUACCGCGAUUUCCCUCGCGUCGUCGGUGAGACCUCCGGCAAGAACUUCCACCUCGUCCACCCCUCUGCCGACAUCAACAACGUCGUAAACCACACCAUUCGAGGCGCCUUCGAGUACCAGGGCCAGAAGUGCUCUGCUACAUCCCGCGCCUACGUCCCCGAGUCUCGCGCCAAGGAGUUCUUCUCCCUCAUGACGCAGAAGAUGAAGAACAUCACCCAGGGUAGCCCCGACAAGGACUUUGAGGCUUUCAUGGGUCCCGUCAUCCACGGCCGCUCUUUCGAGAAGAUCAAGAAGAUCAUUGACGAGAGCAACAAGGAUCCUCAGGUCAAGCUGAUUGCUGGUGGCGAGUACGAUGGCUCCGUUGGAUACUUCGUCAAGCCUACUGUCUACCAGGUUGACUCUCCUGACCACCGUCUCUUCAACGAGGAGAUCUUUGGUCCUGUCCUUGCUGUCCAUGUUUACAAGGACUCAGAGUUCUCCCCUCUCCUCAAGAACAUCGACCAGAACGGUGGUGGCCUCGCUCUUACUGGUGCUGUCUUUGCUCAAGACCGCGCUGCUCUCCGUGAAGCUGAGGACGCUCUGCGCUACUCUGCUGGUAACUUCUACCUUAACUGCAAAACCACAGCUGCCCUCAUUGGCCAACAAUCCUUCGGCGGUGCCAGAAGCUCCGGUACUAAUGACCGAGCUGGUAGCCCCGAUAUGCUCCGACGCUUCGUGUCUCCUCGUCUGGUUAAGGAGGAGUUCUUUGAGCUGAACGAGUACCUGUACCCUUCCAACACCCAAUAG